UCUCGACUCCUAUGCGUAUGCGUUAGUAACUAUUGCACGCGCCAUCAUUUAGCUCCUAUACACAAUAAUAAUUAUUAUUUUUACUUUAAAUAGUAAAUUCAUUAGUAGAAUGGUUCAUUAGUAUUUAGUUUUGUGACUGUCAGUAGUGAGAGAGCUUUCAGUGUGUGUAUCAGUAUUUUUAUUGUUUUUCAAUCAUGAUUGCUAAUAAUAUGAUUAAAUUAAGCGAAGUCAUGAAGAUCGGCUUUAUUGGCGGAGGCAGGCUGGCCUUCGCUUUGGCCAACGGCUUUAUCUCAGCUGGUUUGGCAAAACCCGAUGAGAUCACAGCGAGCGUUCAUCCCGCAGACGUGGUUAGCGCUGAGGCAUUCAAGAAACUCGGAGCCACAGCGGUGUUCGAGAACAAACCAGUGGUGGAGAGAUCUGAAGUAGUGAUAGUGUCAGUCAAGCCUGAUGUAGUGGUACCAGUCCUGAAGGAAGUGAAGGAGCUCCCAGCUUCCAAGAACAAGCUGUUUAUAUCAGUGGCCAUGGGUAUUACUACUGCUGCUAUUGAAAAGGUGUUACCCGCAGAAGCUCGCGUGAUCCGAGUGAUGCCGAACACACCAGCGUUAGUCCAGCAUGGAGCUGCAGCCCUCAGCCGUGGAUCCCGCGCCACUGCUGAAGAUGCCAAGCUGACCUCACAGCUGUUCCAAGCUGUGGGCACCUGUGAUGAGGUGCCGGAGUAUCAGAUGGAUGCUGUCACUGCUUUGAGUGGCAGCGGGCCGGCUUAUAUCUACAUGAUGAUCGAGUCUCUAGCUGACGGCGGUGUCCGCUGUGGCUUGCCACGCGACUUGGCUCUCCGUUUAGCUGCGCAGACAACCCUGGGUUCUGCAGCCAUGGUGAAGACUGGCACACAUCCUGCUGUGCUUAAGGACAAUGUGACCAGCCCUGCAGGUUCUACCGCUGAUGGAACUUAUCAUUUGGAACAGAACGGUUUCCGAUCAGCAGUCAUUGGUGCUGUGGCCGCAGCAGCCGACAGAUGUAAAGUGGUCAACAGCCAACUCAACAACAUACCGUAGUUUUGUGUACAUUUUGCUUCUUUUAAUGUAAUUUACGCCAAUUAUGUUAUCUUAAGAACUAAUAAAUGCAUUUUUUAUUAAACGUUUAAAAAGUA